AUGAAUGACAGUGAGGAUGAGAGGGCCACAGAUCUUGAUGAUUGUUUUGAAGAGGUUGAUGUUACUUUACCAGUUAGUGAGGGGCCUGUUGUAGCUGGUUUGUUGACUUAUCCUAGUAAGAGUAAAGGUGAGAGUGAAAAUAAAGGUGAGGAUGAUGAAUAUCUUAGUGAGGAUUUACUAAGUUCUGAUCCUGAUGCCUCAGAGGAAGAAAAAGAGCCUAGGUUUGAUAAGUUUAAGAAGGAGGAGCUUAAUAAGGAUUUCAAUUUAAAUGGGGUGGGCCAUAAGCACAGUUAUGCCAUAAAGACUAUAAAAGAUACCCACACAUGUGCUAGGAUUUUGGAUAACAAAAGUGCAAGUUCUAAGUGGGUGGCUAAGGCUGUGGUCAAAAAGAUGAGAACAUCUGACAAGGACAAGGAGUAUGCCAAUUUGUGGAGGUAUGCAGCUGAGUUGCAUAGGGUCAAUCCUGGAAACACUGUGAAGAUAAACAUAGAGAGGCCUUUACCUACAAUGCAACCAAGAAACCAAGGAAUCAUGGAGUUGAAGGCUGUAGAUCCAAAGGCUUGGGCAUGGCUUAUGGCAGUUCCUACAAAGUCUUGGUGUAAGCAUGCAUUUUCAUUUUAUCCUAAGUGUGAUGUACUUAUGAAUAACAUAGCUGAGUCAUUCAAUGCCACUAUUCUGAAUGCUAGAGAUAAACCUAUAUUGACCAUGUGUGAAUGGAUUAGAAAAUAUCUGAUGAGUAGGUGUAGUAAUUCUACUUUGAAACUAGACAAGUGGCCACACAAAGUGAUGCCUAUUCCCAGGAAAAGAUUAGACAAUGAGGUAGCUAUGAGUGGACAUAGACAUGUUGUUGCUGCAUUAGGGUUUAGACAGCAGAACCCAGAGGAUUUUGUUCAUCAGUAUUACACUAGAGAUAGGUAUGCCAUGUGCUAUGAAUUUGCUAUUAGUCCAAUUAAUGGCACUGACAUGUGGCCUGAGGUUGAAAGUGAAGAACUGUUACCUCCUAAUUACAAAAAGGGACCAGGAAGGCCUAGAAAGCUAAGGAUAAGGGAAAGUGGAGAAGAAGGAGAUAGAAGAAGGUUACCUGGUGUAUCUUAUAGAUGCACCAGGUGUGACAAGGUGGGACACAAUGUGAAGACAUGCAAAAGCAAGAGACAAAAUCAAAGUGCAAUGAAAAGAAAGAAGAAAAUGAGACCAAAUGCAAGUGAAGAAGGUACUAACAAUGCUGGAAGCCAGUCUGCUACAAACAAUGAAGAAAAUGAAGAUACCAAGACUGAUUCAUUGUUUGGAGAUAUAACUGAUGACAAGAUAAGCAACAUAUCAGACAUCCAAUCUCAGGCCUCAACAAGCAACAGUUUCAAGGGAAAGGGAAAGAUGAUUCACAAGCCAAUUGUAAGGAGAAGGGUAAGUGAGAGGAUAAAGGAGAACUGGUUCAAGAAACCUAAACCAUUCACUGGUCCAGGUUCUCACCCUGCGCAACCUAUUUGUAUGGACAUUGAAGAAGAGGAACCUUCAAAUAAUACUCCAAAGAAGGCAUCCAAGAUUACUCCAAAGAAGCCAUCAAAGGGUACUCCUAAGAAGGCAUCAAAGGGUACUCCAAAGAAGACUACUCCAAAGAAGGGAACUCCCACAAAGAAGACUUGA